CUCACUUCCAUCUCCUACUCAUUUAAAACACAGACAGUAUAGAUGGGUCCUCCGGUUGUAUAUCCAGACCAGAUCGAGGCAGAAUACCCCUCUACCCUGCGUCUCAAACAAGUCCAGAUCCUAUUCAGACACGGCGAACGAACCCCGGUCCACAGAUCAUCCCAGCACUGGCACAAAUGGAACUUCCCCACCUUCUGGCCUCUCUGCGACUCCUCGCGCUUCUCCCUCAUCAGCAUCGUCAACCCUGCCGCCACGCCGCAGCCCGUCGCGGCGUUCCCGUUUGAGCGGGAGAUCGAGUCGUUGACGGAGGAGGCGAGGAGUGGGAGAGGUGUUGCGGAGUUGUUUACGAAUAAGGGGAUGGCGGGCGUGUGCUUGGAGGGACAGUUGACGGAUAAAGGGAGGUUGAGUGGGUUUCGGUUGGGGGAGCAGUUGAGGGCGUUGUAUAUCGAUAGGUUGGGACUCCUGCCUAAAACCUUCACAGAUCAAAGCGAGGUCUAUCUCCGAACAACGAGCAUCGUGCGCUCCCGCGAGACACUACAACAAGUCUUCGCGGGCCUCUACCCCUUCAAAGUCGCCGCGCAACCCCCAAAGAUCCACGAACGCUUCCCGUUCGAAGAAGAUCUCUACCCGACCACGCACCUAUGCCCGCGUCUGCGCGAGCUGCGCACGCAGUUCCUUGACGCCGCGGCUGGAAAAUGGGAUCCGCUGCUCGAAGGCCCCGCGAAGAAACUCGAUCAGAUUCUGACCGGGGAGGGCGACCAGCGCGGGAUCACGGUCGGGAGGGCGAAGGGGAAGGAUUCGGCGUGGGCGAUUGUGGAUACGUAUGCGUCCGCGCUAGCGCACAAUAUCAAGACCCCCGCCGCUUUUUCAGACCGCGAGGCAGUCAACACGCUCGCGCGCGCGUCGAUCGAUUCAGAGUUUGUAGGGUACGAGCAAAACGGGGAGAUGAAGCGGUUAGGGAUGGGCAAGUUUUUUUACGAGGUGUUGAAGCGGAUGACGGUGGGCGACGUUGUGCGCGGGCCGAACGAUGCGGAGAUUGCGAAGAUGCUGGAGCGCGAGAGCGUGAUGAUUAGAAAAGUGCCGAAGAUGGCGCUGUAUGCCGCGCAUGAUUCGAGCGUGGGCGCGAUGUUGGCGACGAUGGGGGUGUUGGAGCGCAAGUGGAUCAAUUUCACGACGCAUAUCAUCUUUGAGCUGUUUGAGUCGAAGAGCGAGGACGGCGCGAAGAAAGGGUGGUUAGGGGGACGGACGCAGGCGGAGCAGUUUGUGAGGGUGAAAUAUAAUGGACGACCGGUUGCGCUGCCGGCGUGCGCGGGGGAGGGCGGGCAUUUGGAGGGCGAGGCGACGAUGUGCACGAUGGGCGCGUUUAAGGAGUUUGUGAAGAGCGUGACGCCGGGGGAUUAUGCGGGCGAGUGUGGGAUGAAUUUGGGGGAGAGAGUGCCGGGCGAGCAGUUGGCAGUGCUUAACGAGUAGAUACUGAAUGUAGAAAUAGAGAGCAUAUAUCCUAAAG